CUCGAAUGAUGUGAUUUUCGCUUCCAAAUAGCUCCAAUUUUCGCUUCCAUUUGUAUGUUUAACCAUCAGCCGUAAUAUUUACUUUCGUUCAUCAACAGUAAAAUGGACACACCAUCUGGAAGUCCAUACUCGCAACGCCGAAAUUGGUUAAGAAUGCAGGAGCAGCAGCAGCAGCAGCAGCAACAGCAAUUUCUCCAACAAAAGCGUCAGCAGGACACUAGUACGCUACAGGAAGAUAUGGAAUAUCGGUUCUCGCGGCCCAUCAAAAUAGUAGAUUACGAUAAAGAGCGGUACUCCUGGUCCGCACCAGGCAGUCCUUAUCACAUACGCCGCCCAGCAUUCGAUAGGAACCGUCUCUGGAUCGAGAACGUCAGCAGCUCUGAAUCGGAUCACGAGCCUAAACCAAUUCGCACUAUUAAGCAGUGCGCACCGGACGAUGAUAAUGGCUCUUCGAAUCCACCGGAAGCACACCGGGCAUUUGCGAACACUGAAAGCGAGCGGGAUCCAGGGACGUUCCCUAUCACAAUACGCAGCGCUCGUAGCUUGCAGAGCCUUCGGUUGAGGCGUGAUCCACAGCACCAGGGAACACGGACCGUGAAGGCACGGCGCGUGAUAAACAAGAAGGGAGAAGGAAACGUCCAUCUUGCGCAUCUACCGCAACGUUCGAUUCGUUUCGCGCGCGACAUUGCCACCACGUUGGUGGAUGAGCAAUGGCGUUACACACUACUUCUGUUUGUGCUGAGCUUCUGUUGUAGCUGGAUUUUCUUCGCCAUUCUUUGGUACCUGAUUGCGUACGCACACGGUGAUCUGAAUCAUGAUCCAAGCACCGGGGAGCGGCUUGGUGAUGGCAGCAAACCGUGCGUCGAAGGAACUACGAGCUUUACCGGAUUCCUGUUGUUCAGUGUGGAAACGCAAGUGUCCACCGGGUAUGGUGUAAUCGUGCCAACAGAGGAAUGCCCCGAAGCGUUCUUUCUACUGCUCGUGCAGAUUCUUUUCGGACUCGUCAUUGGCGGGGCCAUGGUUGGGGUCGUGUACGCCAAGAUGAUUCGCAUCCCGAAGCGUAGCUUCGAGAUGAAGUUCAGCAAACGGGCAGUGAUCUGCCAACGCGAUGGACGGUUGUGUCUCGUGUUUCGUGUUUGCGAUCAUAAGCAACAGCACAUUAUCGGCACUAAGCUGACCGCUAGCAUUCUUGAGCCGAGGCGUUACCCCGGAACGAACUUGGUAGAAAGAUGUGAGUCUCGUUUGCGGCUACAAAGCAAUGGUCACGUCUUAGCACUGUGGCCUAUCACCGUGUGCCACGUGAUCGAUCGAUACAGUCCACUGUACGACGUAUCGGCGGCCGAGCUGUUAGAGCGAAAGUUUGAAAUCGUCGUCACAAUGACCGGUGCGACGUGGACGACGGGCCAGAUGAGCCAAGCCCGUACAUCCUACCUACCGAUGGAGAUUCUCUGGGGACAUCGGUUUCAGAACAUCAUCGAGUACGAUGUCGACCGAGGGUGCUAUGUAGCGCAGAACGAACAGCUAGAUCUGGUGGAGGAAGUCGACACACCGCUCUGCAGCGCUCGUUUGCUCGAGGAGAUGAUGGACGAGCUGCACGACAAUCAUCCGGAUUUCGGCGAAUAUCAUGCCGCGGACAAUACCGACGCUAGUCUGGGAGCUUCGUUUCGAUCGAAAUUCAGCAUGCGGAUGAGAAGUAAUCCUAGUUCGUUCGUGCGCUUUAACGAAAUCUACUCGGAAGAUGAAGAAGAUCGAGCGUCCUUCGAAGAGUCGCAAGCGAACGCACCCACGGACAAGAAAUACAGUAGCUCAAGAACCGAUUCAGAAGCGAUCGUUAUCGAGGAUCAUGAAUCGAAAAGACCCACAACGGAGACCGCACUUCAUUGAUCACUCGAAUCACAUAGAAAAAUGUACACAUCUCAGUGUACCAAGUAUACUAAUCCGAAUAAAAAUAGGAAAUGCAUUUAUAGUGUUAAAUAAAAUUGCUAUAAUGGCAAAGGAUA